AUGGAAACCAACCAGUCUUUAGAUAUAUUUUUUUUGUUUGAUGGUCUGACAGAUGACCCUGAGCUGGAGACUGCCCUUUUUAUCAUCAUCCUGCUGAUAUACAUCUUCACCAUUGUAGGGAAUUGCGGCCUGAUCGUGAUGAUAAUGACCAGCCCUAUUCUGCACACCCCCAUGUACUCCUUCCUGAAACAUUUAGCCUUUAUAGAUAUGUGCUACACCUCUGUUGUCACCCCAAGAACUCUCUCAGACCUGUUCUCUAAGAAGAAAGACAUUUCCUUCAUGGCUUGCGCUGUACAAAUGUAUUUCUAUGCUGCCUUUUUUGGUGCGGAGAUUCUUCUGCUCGCGGCUAUGGCUUAUGAUCGUUAUGCCGCUAUAUGUAGGCCCUUAGUUUACCAUAUCAUUAUCAAAAGAGAAGUAUGUAGAAGAAUGAUUAUUGCAUGUUAUGCCAUUAGCUUCCUUCAUUCUUUCAUUCACACCAAGAACAUAUUCAGCCACAGCUACUGUAAUAACUACCAGAUAUCGCAUUUCUUCUGUGAUGCACCUCCUGUCCUUAAAUUGUCUUGCUCUGAUACCUCUCUGACUCAGCUCCUUAUAUUUGCCAUUGUAGGAGUGUACUCGUCUACAUGUGCGUCACUCAUUCUUACAUCCUACAUCCACAUAUUCUCUGCCAUACUUAGAAUCAAGUCUACACAAGGAAGGCAGAAAGCAUUCACAACUUGUUCUUCUCACUUGGUCUCCAUUGGGACUUUAUUUGGAACCAUGAUCUAUAUGUACCUGCACCCAAACGCUAGCAAUGCAGAUCAGGAUAAGGUGGUGUCUGUUUUCUAUACAAUGGUAAUACCUAUGUUGAAUCCAAUCAUUUACAGCUUGAGGAACAAGGAUGUGAGGAGAGCAUUUGAGAAACUGAUGUAA